AUGCAGAUUAAAUCAACGUCGCCACAUAUUAAUAAUGAUGAUGAUAUUGUCUUGCAAAUCAUGGAAAUAGAAGCACGUGAUAAUGUACAUUUAUGUAUCUUAUUAAGAAAACCGAACGAACAAGAAAUAAAAAAGCAUGUAAUCGAUGCUUAUCGAAACAUAAAGAACCAAUUAGAGCAGACAUUCCACCAAUCGUCGAAUGAAGUUGAACAAACGGAAAAUCAACGUAUUGAAACACAGAAUGUAGCAAUAAGAAAAACAACAGCAUCAACAAAUGCGCAUGUGAACAACGAUCAAGACAUGAAUAACAGUAAGAGUCCUGUAAAAGAAAUACAUCCACACAGACAGAUGGACAAUGAAGGAAUAUUUUAA